AUGGAGGGCAGAGAUAAUGAGGAAAAAGGGCCCGAAGCGGAAGAAGGUAGGAACUACUGCGGAGGACUGUCGAAGAGCGCACAGAAGAAGCUGUUAAAGCAGCAGAAAUGGGAAGCGAAGAAGGCAGAGAAGAAAGCUCUGGAAAAAGAGCAGAAGAAGAGAGAGGGGGAGCGGAAGCGGAAGGAAUGGGAGGAGAGAUUGGCGAGCGUUAGCGAAGAGGAGAGGGGGAAGCUGAUAGAGUCGAGGAAGAGUUUAAGGAAGGAGAGGAUGGAGCAGAGGUCAGAGGAGCGAGAGAGAAACACAGAGAGACUGAGCAGAGCCAAAGAGUGCGGACAGAAGAUUGUGAUCGACCUCGAAUUCUCUCACCUCAUGACCCCAGCCGAGAUCAACAGCCUCGUUCAACAGAUUAUGUAUUGUUACGCGGUGAAUAAAAGAUGCAGGGAGCCGGGUCAUCUAUGGUUGACGGGGUGCAAGGGAGAGAUGGGUACGCAACUGAAGAGGCUCCCGGGGUUUGAUAAUUGGAUUAUAGAGAAGGAAGAUCGAUCGUACAUGGAAGCUUUGGAGGAUGAAAAGCGAAAUCUGGUAUAUCUGACAGCUGAUUCAGAAAAUGUGGUUGAUGAUCUUGAUUCAAGCAAGAUAUACAUUGUUGGGGGCCUUGUGGAUCGGAAUCGGUGGAAAGGGAUCACCAUGAAGAAAGCAGAGGAGCAGGGCAUUCAAACGGCAAAGCUUCCCAUAGCCAACUACUUAAACAUGUCCUCUUCCCAGGUGCUGACUGUGAAUCAAGUGAUAGAGAUUCUACUCAAGUUUUUGGAAACAAAGAAUUGGAAGGACUCUUUCUUCCAAGUGAUUCCUCAAAGAAAAAGAUGCCAAGCGGAUUCAGAGAAAUCUCAACAAGUGAAAGGGGGAGAAAAUGGAAUUGACAGUGAAGAGAAACAUGAUCAAUUUGAAAGCAAAAAACAGUGUGCUCAAGACUCAACAAGAAUCCGAUGGAUAGAUACAAAUGCUUGUUUAGAAGCUGGGCAAUUGAGGGAGAAGCAUCCAAAUUAUGAACUAGAAAGAAUUUCACUCCAUCAAUCAUCUUUCAUGCAUGUGAUUGUGGAGAGGCAUGCAAGGUGUGACAUUCCUGACUUUGACAUGAAGACAUACCAUGUCCCUGAUAAUACGCCUCUUGGAGAAUUUGUUGAUUUUAUUCAGUUACAGAGCGGGCUCAGCAUAAAGAAGCCUAUAUUUGUCUUUUUCAAGAACACUAAAACCCCGACUGAGAACGGUCUCAAAUUGAAGAGGCAUCUAUGGCUGACUGUGUGCAAGGGAGAGAUGGCUACACAAUUGAAGAGGCUCCUGAGCUUUGAUAAUUGGAUUAUAGAGAAGCAAGAUCGAUCAUACAUAGAAGCUUUGGAAAAUGAAAAGCAAAAUCUAGUAUAUUACACUCAUGAUUCAGAAAAUGUGGUUGACGAUCUUGGUUUGAACAAUAUAUGCAUUGUUGGACGACUGGUGGAUCGGAAUCAGUGGAAAGGGAUCACCAUGAAGAAAGCAGAGGGGCAGGGCAUCCAAAAGGCAAAACUUAUCAUAGCCAACUACCUGAACAUGUCCUCUUCCCAGGUGCUACUACUCAAGUUUUUGGAAACAAGGAAUUGGAAGGAUUCUUUCUUCCAAGUUAUUCCCCAAAGAAAAAGAUGCCAAGCUGAUUCAGAGGAAACUCAAAAAGUAAAAGGGGAAGAAAUUGAAAGAGAAAGUGAAGAGAAAAUGCCUCUUGGGGAAUUUGUUGAUUUUAUACAAUUACAGAUUUGGCUCAGCAGAAAAAAGCCUAUAUUAAUCGUCUUUUUCAAGAACACUAAACCUCCCGCUGGUGCCUUGAUGUCUGAAGAAUCUGACAGCAAUAGCUCUGAUGACAACGAUGACAACAACGGCGAUGAUGACAUCAAUGUCAUCGGCGUCGAUGGCGAUGAUGACAUCAACAUCAUUGUCGUCGAUAGCGAUGAUGAUGGAGGCGGAGGCGAUGAACCAGUUGGCGGUGGUGGAGGGGUUCCAGUUUACCGAAAUACGUAUGACAAUUCUUAUUUGGUACAAGAACUUGAUCUGGUGCAAUUCGACAGUGUGGCUGCAACUGGGCAGCAAGUUAUGCUCUUGCUGGCGAACCAUCACCUUGAUGGUAUUAAUGAUCCCAACGAUGGGUUUGAGAUAGAUUUUAUCACCAAAAAUGGUAGGCUGUCUAGACAACAACUUGAGGCAUUUCCAUGGCCUCAAGUUGUUCAAAUGUUAGUCAAGAUAGUGGCAUUUGAUAGGUUUCUACCUAGGAUGGUAGGAGUUUGUCGAUUUACUCCAGACUCCAUACAUCAUUUUGUAGAUGAGGUUGAUCUUCGUACUUGUGAUGACGUGUCUGACUUGGAAGAUCAAGCUCGCAAUAUGCUGAAUCUUCACACCUUAAAUGGUUAUCCUGAUCCCCCAGAGUACAUGUUAGUGUAUGUUUGUGACGUGCCUUGGUUUCUGGGCAAGGUCUUCAAGACUAAAGAGCUCAUGGAGGUAGAAUGGUACCGCAUAUUUCAGGGUUUAGUUAGGAUAAAUGCCUCUGAUAUUUUUCCUCUUCCGGAUGAUUCAGACGGUGAAGGUAGUAUGGUUGAGGAUAAGUAA